UUGUAUAAUAAUAUUUAUAACAGUAACAGAGAAAGAGAAAAACAUAUUUAUGAUUAAAAACAUACAUUUAACAUUAAUUUAUAACUACGUCAUACCGGAAGCCGGUUAGCGGAACGACGGAUAUUGUAUUGUUUAGCAACUCAGUGCAGCAUGCUUUCAAUGUUUUGAUUGAAGGAUCAUUGUUGACAGAAAGGCCGGAGUCAUAAUAAUUUAGCGCGCCAUUAAAGAAAUACAUAUUGCGGCCUGAAUUCGGCCAGUUUGAAAUAUACUUUGACAAUAUGCUGGAAAUUCCAGAGACACAACCACCAAAACCCGAAGCAGAUCGAAGGGACAAUGAGUGCAUAGGACAAAAGAGGAGUGCAACUGCAAAUAGAGUCGUGACCCUCCAAACGCGGACGAGAGCCCCUGGACCCGUUGGAAGGGGGCCGUUAGUCCCUUCUGUGUGGCAGUUGUGAAGGAAGUGGCUUUGGUGUCCCUCUGCCCCGCACAGGGAAUGAAGGUGGAGCCGGACUUCGUCACCUUCACCCCCGCGGAGGAGCUGCAGUACCUGAGGGCGCGGGUGCAGGAGCUGGAGCGGGACAAGGCCGAAAUGGCGGAGGAGAACCGGAGGCUGAAGGACAUGCUGAUGAACGAGAUUCCCUCUCUUCUGUGCUCCAUGAAGCAGACCCUGUCCGUGUGCACUGGCCGGGCGAGCGAGUCGGACUUCGGGGUGGCGGACGGCCCGGGCUUCGCCCAGCCGGCGCCGGACGGGUCCGAGUUCGUCCUGGCGGCGCCGGCCUGCGCCCGGAAGCCGGAGCGGGCCGAGUUCAUGCAGGCCGUCCCCGGCGGCGUCCCCCGGCGGGCGGACGGGGGCGCGUUCCUGCAGACGAUGGCGCCCGGCGCAGGGAGGCUCACCGACGACGACGGCGGCGUCGGCGGGGAGUACGUGGUCGCCGACGACAACGACGAUGACGGGGGCAUGGUCUGCCCCGUCGUCAUCACGGACGAGGACUGCCACACGUGUUCCGAUUCGGCGUGCAGCUCGCCGGACCUCCCCCCAGCCCGGGACUGCGCGGAGCUGGAGCACCGGCACGUUACCGGGAGCGACGGCAACCACGUGCGGCAGGUGGAGGUGUACCCGGGCUCCAGCGUGUUCUGCGAGGCCAGGGCGUGGCACGCGGCCAUCCAAGCGCCGUCUCCCACGGCGAUGGCGCGGACACUGUUGCUAGGCGUCUUCGACAUGGACACCCUGUUGCACAGCAACCUCAGAGGAGGGCGGAGCCGGAGGCCCACCUUCCCCAAUCACCGCGCGGGCCUGGACCCCCACAAGCUGGACGCUAUUUACAGUGCCACCCUGGCGAAGUUCCCGCUGGCCAGGAAGGGGCAGAUAGGCACCGGGAUCAACUCCAAGCUGUCGGAGAUCAGAUUCAAAUCCAGGAGGGCCAGCCGGGAAGGGAGAUACUUGUGAAGAGCUGGUCGCGGGAGGGUGCGAAAACUGUUCGCCCUGACGGUCUCUGGAUUAAUUAUUGAUUUGUUUUAUUUAUUAUUUAUUAUUAUUUUAUUUGGAUUAUUUUUUUUGGACAAACGCCUUGAUCCAGGGUGAACGAAUGGGCAAUAGAAGGUAAAGUGCCAAAAGCAAACAGAAAAUGCUCCCAAGUCCAAGCGCGACCCAUAGCACACGGCUAGGCUACACGAGAAGGGGACAGCGCAGGGCCCUCUUAUCCAAAACAGCACAACGAUUAAGAGCGUAGUUUGAGCCAGGAUCAUAGCUAGCGCUCGGCUAACGGUACAGCUACAGAAACGGCACCACUGGCUUGCCCCAGGGUCAACCAGCCGAAUUCUACCAGCAGAUGAAGGCAGAUCCAGUUUGGGUUACUCCACAUGUAAUCUCAAGAGAUUAGUCCUCGGAAGACAGUGGGAAGGUAGAGAGUGGCUCGGCUGUCCCGAACGAGGUCGGCAGCUCGUUCCGCCACUAGGGUCGGCGAGGGCUCGGUGAGCCGGGCCCUCCGUGCCGAGCGACGGGCCAGACGGCUGGCCGGCGGAAGAGCGCGGCAGGGCGGGAACGAGGAACGCGUACGAGGGCAUGUCGACAGCGGCAGCCGGGCCACAGAGGCCGAGAAGAGAUAAAAACGGUCUGAUGGCGUUAGCAGGGAGGUCAGCCGGGCAGCGGGCGGUUGCUAUGGCAGCACCGGGGGUCUGGAGCAGUUGCCGAGAGACGCAGACAGACAGACCAGGGCCGGGCUGUGAAGAAGGGGCAUUGUGAUGUCACAGGGAGAGAACCCUGGCGCUGUGUGGAAUGUCGCUGCGAGGUUGUUGGUAGUCUGAGAGCGGAGCGGCGCUGUCUCCUGAAGGCGCCGGUGGGGCCAGAUCACUUCUGCAUGAUUGUCUUUGAUGGGGGAGCCGGGGGCGCAGAACAGUGGGGGGGGGGCGAGCGGAGGAAGGCAGACUUGGAAGGACAACAGGAAAAGCAGCCAGCCCCGCUAGCCCCCGCAAAGCCCCGCCCACACGAGCGAGCGCAGCCUGCUCCAGCAGCCCGAGGGCCUUCGCGGGCUGAGCCGCUAACGUUAGCGCGCAGAUGUUUCCCGAAGACAUCUGGACGCGCAACCUCGGCUGGGACGUAGCUAC